UCUCUGGUCUAUUCCCUUUGGUGUGUUCCAUUUCAUCGCAAAAACGCGUUCUGUGUGUCCUGGAUGUCCCGUUCAUCAGCGCUCCGCGUGCACGGUCAGUGACGUCACCCUCUAAACACCGAGCUCAGGUACUGCUCUUGUAAACAAUAAUAUCGCCGAGGAGAGCGCGGGCGACACUGAGGAGAGCUGAGGACCAAACAAAUGCAAUAUCUCACUGCAUUGGCCAAAAUCGGAUUUAGUCGCAGCACAUUUUAAAGGAAUGGCAUGUCUUAUGGCAGCCUUUUCAGUCAACAAUACUACAGUGACCAACUCCAUCAUAAUGAAUACAAAUGGACCUCCCGAUCUCAUGCUAGACCCUAGAACCGUGUGUGUGUCCAUUGAUGAAAUGAUGUCCAACCCCGUUGGCAGUCAGCAAACACCACUGUUACACGCACACCUGAAGAAAGUCGAGAACAGUCUGACCGAGGCCCAGCGAUUCUCAUAUCUCCCCCGCAGACCUGCAGUCAACAUCCAAUUCAAAGAUCUCUCGUACUCAGUUCCUGAAGGACCAUGGUGGAGAAAAAAAGGUUACAAGACCCUUCUGAAAGGGAUCUCUGGGAACUUUACCAGCGGAGCUUUGGUGGCCAUCAUGGGACCCUCGGGGGCUGGGAAGUCUACAUUAAUGAACAUUCUAGCAGGUUAUAGGGAAACAGGCAUGAAGGGGGAGAUCUUGAUAAAUGGGCAGCCCAGAGAUCUGCGAUCUUUCAGGAAAGUGUCCUGCUACAUCAUGCAGGAUGACAUGUUACUGCCACACCUCACUGUACAGGAAGCCAUGAUGGUUUCAGCUAAUCUCAAACUCCAGGAAAAGGAUGAAGGCAGACGUGAAAUGGUACGGGAAAUCCUCACUGCACUCGGCUUGUUAGAAUGUGCAAAGACACGCACAUCCAACCUGUCCGGAGGCCAGAGGAAGCGUUUGGCCAUCGCCCUGGAGCUCGUCAACAACCCACCCGUCAUGUUUUUUGAUGAGCCCACUAGUGGACUGGACAGCUCCUCCUGCUUCCAGGUGGUCUCGCUGAUGAAGGCUCUUGCUCAGGGUGGACGAACAGUCAUAUGCACAAUUCACCAGCCCAGCGCAAAAGUCUUUGAACUCUUCGAUAAGCUGUAUGUCCUCAGUCAAGGCCAGUGUAUUUACAGAGGAAGAGUGUCAAGCUUAAUCCCAUAUCUCAGAGAACUGGGACUCAACUGUCCCACCUAUCACAACCCUGCAGACUUCGUAAUGGAGGUGGCUUCUGGUGAAUACGGUGACCAGACGGCUCGGCUGGUGAAGGCUGUUCAGGAGCAGAAGUGUGAGAAAGACUACAAAAGUGAAAUGAAUGGUAAUGGGGUCCAUAACCCCUUCCUGUGGCACAGAGCAUCUGAUGAGGACUCUUCAUCGUCAGAGGGUUGCCAUAGUUUUUCUGCCAGCUGCUUGACGCAGUUUUGCAUCCUUUUCAAGAGAACUUUUCUUAGCAUCCUGAGAGACUCGGUGUUGACUCACUUGCGCAUCAUGUCUCAUCUUGGGAUUGGAGUUCUGAUUGGUCUGUUAUACCUGGGCAUUGGCAAUGAGGCCAAGAAAGUCCUUAGCAACUCUGGCUUCCUGUUCUUCUCCAUGUUGUUCCUCAUGUUCGCAGCUUUGAUGCCCACCGUUCUCACCUUUCCACUUGAGAUGGGUGUCUUUUUGAGAGAACAUCUAAAUUACUGGUACAGUCUAAAGGCAUACUACUUGGCCAAAACAAUGGCGGACGUCCCAUUUCAGAUUGUGUUCCCAGUGGCCUACUGCAGUAUAGUGUACUGGAUGACAUCUCAACCUUCAGAUGCAGUCCGUUUCAUUCUUUUCCUGGCUUUAGGGACACUAACGUCACUUGUUGCACAAUCCUUGGGACUACUGAUAGGAGCAGCAUCCACAUCAUUACAAGUAGCAACUUUUGUUGGUCCUGUAACAGCCAUCCCCGUGCUGCUAUUUUCAGGUUUCUUUGUCAGUUUUGACACUAUCCCAAAAUACCUCCAAUGGAUCUCAUACAUUUCCUAUGUCAGAUAUGGUUUUGAAGGAGUUAUUCUGUCCAUAUACGGGCUUGACCGUGAGGACCUGCACUGCGACAAAGACGAGACAUGCCACUUCCAGAAGUCAGAAGCCAUUUUGAAGGAGCUGGACGUUGAGGAUGCAAAGCUGUACUUGGACUUUAUUGUGCUGGGCAUCUUCUUUGUGUCGCUCCGUCUGAUCGCCUACUUCAUCCUCCGAUACAAGAUCAGUGCUGAGAGGUAGACUCGUGGAAGACGUGAUGGAGAGAGUUACUGUCGAGACUUUCUUGCUCAGGGAGGGCUAGGCUGAGAAAGCCAAAGCAGAGAGGGCUUGUUCCCUCAAAAAAGAGACAUCGCCAUGUUUCCCUACACUGGACAGAAACCUGGGCUGAACCUGAAGUCACAGUAUGUAAAUGCCCAGCUUUUGCAUGCUUUUAUAAGAAAAUAAAGCGCUUAGAACCCAACAGUUUUGGGACUCAACCAAACAUCUACCAGAUAGACAAAGAAACAUGGCCGCACUGAAGAAAAUUCACAGGAGCAGACAUUCAGCAGUUGACUGAAAAAGUAAUGGGCUAAUUUGUUUGAUCACAUUAGAAAGCAGGAAUCUAUCUCUUGCCCUUGUGAAAAAGAAUUGUGCUUAAUUGUAUUGAAUGUGCACAUGUAGUGUACUUCAAAUCUGUACUUGCAGAUAAUAUAAUAUUAACGAAAUAAAAGCCACUUGAGUGUAGUUAAUAAGAUCACACUUUCAUGACUGCUUCAUAAGUUAAACUGAAUUAGUUCACCCAAAAAUGAAAUUUCUGUCAUUAAGUUCUCACCCUCAUGUCGUUCCACACCCGAACAUUCAUCGCCUCCAGGUUCUACGUCAGAACGCCGGCUCAGCAUUGGCCGGCUCCUGUGUCAGCAUCACACGCAUGUGUCGCGCUACUCACGUGAGCAGCGUCGGCCAUUACAGAGUCGGCGCUCUGACGUAGAAUCUGGAAGAGCUGAACGCAAACAGUAUAGGAGAAUAACAGGGGAGAGACGAAUUUGUUGAAUAUUAUUUGAAAAAGUCAUUAUUUUUGUUUUGUUUUUGUGGACAAAGUGUUCUCGUUGCUUCAUAACAUUAAGGUUGAACCACUGUAGUCACGUUGACUUUUUUAACAAUGUCUUUAGUAUUUUUCUGGACCAUGAAUGACGGUAAUUAUGUUGCUUUCUAUUGGGGAUAAAAAAAAAAAAAAAAACUUUUGGAUUUCAUCAAAAAUAUCUUAAUUUGUCUUCCAAAGAUGAACAAAGGUCUUACAGGUUUGGAACGACAUGAGGGUGAGUAAUUAAUGACAAAAAUUUCAUUUUUGGGUGAACUAAUCCUUUAAGUACACAUUUAAAAGUCUUAGUUUAAAGUACAUUUUAAAUCAUGUUUUAAUUAUAUUUUGUUUGUAGUGUUAUUUGAUAUUACAUUUAAAGAAAAUAUGUAUUUUAAAUGCACUAAAUUGCAACUUCAUCAUUACAAAUGUGUCCGUAAAUAUUACAUUCAGUUUAGUAACUAGGCCUACUCCUUUCAAAAGUAUGCUAAAGUGCACUUUUUUUUUCCACAAGGGUGCCCAUGUUGAGCACACUUUUUUUUUUUUUUUUUUCUUCCCUUUGCAAUGGUUGGAUGUAAAAGACAAAAUUUAAUUUAACCUGGCAACCUUCUACUCUAUUAAAAAGCUCUCAUUCUGUUGGUUAUGGCUGCCUGCUGCUCCUGUAGAAGAAUGAUAACUUAGAAACUUGUGAGUAGGGUGUAACUGGGUUACAAGCCUAUCAGAGAAACAAAUAAAACAAAUCCAAAAGUGAACUAAAGGCCCAAGAUGACUGGAUCUCAUUAGAAUGAAAAGGGAAAAAUGCAUCAAAUCCUAAUAGCAUGUAAUUUCUGUGCCACUAGUGUCAUCAAACAGAACUGCAAAAAUAAUUACUUUUCAAAAAGGUUUCUUGAACAGCAGGACUUCUGUCAUUGGUCAAACAAAUAGAUAGUCCCACCCCCAUCACAAAUUGUAAAAGCAACUGGCAUACAAGUAUACAGCCUUAGGUAGUGUUUGCUUGAUAAUGUGUGAUGUUUUAAUUCUUGCUGACAUUUCUGAGUAUUUAAAAAAUCUGGGUUAAUAUGGGAAAAGAAUUUAUUAUAGAAUUGAACAAAUUACAUACAUCACCUUUAAGUCUCCAUACAGCAUAUUUUGAAAAUUGUUCAAUAUAGCUUUAUGACUUUAGUAAAUAUGCACAGUACAUCUGAUAAACCAUCCUCAUAUUCAAAUAUGGAUUUUGACAGCUUUUCCAAAAUGCUGGGCUUCUCUUUGUUCACUGAAUUAUAUUUUUAAAUGUUCGAAAAGCAAAUUAUUGGACUUCAUCACUAAGUUAACAAUCCCAAAGUUGUCAAACCCUAAAAUGUUUCUCCUACUCUCAGAAAUGUCGUUUAUGAAAGGUUUACAAGUUCACGUUUACUGUUCGAAAUGCCUUUGAUUUUCCUGAAUUAUAGAUUCGAAGGUCAUGUAAGUAAUCAUAGAGGAUCUCACACACCUCCAUGUGGCAUUUAUUAUCCAAACUUGUUUUAUUCACAUUAAAGGGUCGUUGUCAUUAUUCUUUGACAUCUAUGCACAGAUUUCAUGCUUUCUGGUUACGGGACAAUAAAACAAAAUGAUGUAAUUGCAAGGUCAAUGCAAAAGUGAAAAUGUGACAAAAAUGAAGAAUGUUAUUUAUUAUCUGUGUUCUUUGUAUUAAAUGUCCAUUUUGCAGAUGUUUAGUGACCUCCAAGCUAUAUGUCCCCAUGCAGAGCAUUAUUCACUAAACAUUGCAGGCACAAUGUGAAUGCUGAGCUUAACUUAAGUGUUAUGACCAUUAUAAUCAUACCAAACCUUGUCUGUGGACCUUGAUGUGGAAAUUGAUGCAAAAUAUAUUUUAAACCAUCUUAGCUGUAUUACCACUACUCUGUUGGAAGAUUAUUUCUACUUAGAAUGUAGUGCAUAUUUAUGUUUUUUUUUUUAAUUAAAUGUAUAUGUUAAUUGUAUAUUUUUUCUUUCUUAUUUAGCUUCCUUCUUUGAAUCUUGCACUUACAGUAUGAACCUUAGAAACAAAAUGAUAGGGAUUGUUAUAUAUAGACAUUCAAUGUCUCUAUUUUGAAAGUUAUGUCACUUUCCAUAUCUGAAAUUGUCUACUAGUUACAAUAUGUUUCUGUUACACAAAUCUAAUGUAACAAUAGUUACAUUUUAAAUAUGAUAAUAAAGAUUUAUUGUUUUCAAA